AUGUGUGAGGUGUCCCACAGUACUAGCAACUUUGUUUCCUCACUUAAUCGUUGCAUUGUGUCCUUUUUUUUCCCUUUAUCUGGCUUUGUUAUUGCAUAUGCUCUUAUUUCUAAAGGUGUUAGAUUAGUUUGCACCAACACAACUGGUAAAAAUGUUAAGUCUGUAGUGCUUAAAACACAGGGUUGUGGAUCUCUCAGAGACAAUAUUGUCGCAUUGUUCGGUAUGGGUACUGUUUCCUGCUUAGAGCCUGUGACAGUUUGUAUGUCGGACGGUUGCCUAGUUGAAGGUUUUGUUUCCAAGUCUGGCUAUGGAAGUGGGAGAAGUAUGGGAGAUCGGCAGUUCUUUUUUGUUAAUGGUCGACCAGUUGAUAUGCCAAAAGUUGGCAAGAUUGUGAAUGAGUUAUAUAGAGGUGCAAACUCCCGGCAAUAUCCUAUUGCAAUCAUGAAUUUUACUAUUCCAACUCAAGCCUAUGAUGUCAAUGUGACUCCUGAUAAAAGGAAAAUAUUUUUUUCCGAUGAAAGUUCCAUUUUGCACUCGUUAAGAGAAGCUCUGGAGAAUAUUUACUCACCAAAUCAAGCUAAUUACCAUAUUAAUAGAGUUGAGGAGCUUGAUGAAAAAAAGCAUGCUUGCGAGAUUAUCUCCCCAGAUAAAAGCUCUCUGUUGUCACCGAAGCAGUCAUCUCCAGAUGGUGGUGUGUCUCAAGCCGAAGCAUGCUCUAGUAAACAAUGUGCAAAUAGCAACAUUAUUCUCAAAACAGCUCAAGGGGACGUCAAACAUUCACCUAUAGAGGAGGUGACUCAUAGCAAUAGUGUUUGUUCUACCGUAAAAGACUUUACUCUUAGAGUUCACAGUUACAAAAAGAACAGCUCUGCGAGCCCCAGUAAGCAGCUUAUGAAUUUUAGCUAUGCGAAAACUGACGAAGUUGCUCCUUCCCCUUCAAGACCUGCACAGAAAGUUAGCACUGAUACUAACAAGUCAAUGGGACAAGCAAGUGUUGUUCAGACAUCACUUGACAAUUUUGUUAUGGUAAAUAAGAGAAAACAUGAAAGUAUCAAUACAGCAUUAUCUGAAGUUCCUCUCCUUAGAAAUGGACCUGCUUUAAGUCGAUCAAGUGAAAGCAGCCGAGCAACGUAUUCUGCACGUUCAAGCUCUCCAUUUAAUUUUAUUGAGAUUGAUGAUUCUGAUAAAAUCAACUGCAGUGAACCUCAAUCUGCUAAAUUUUCCAGAGUUGACAGUAUCUGUAACGAAGCUGGCACCACAGUUUUGUUUCCUUUAGCUUACAAAAACCAAAAUGGAGAAGUCAGCCAGGUAUAG